GUUGUCUUAUUGUUGUCAUUGUCUUGCUGCUUCUAUAGACCAAUUAGCUUAAGCCCUUCACUUCCAAUCUUUUCAUACAUAUAUAUGUGCACUCUACACUCACUUUUCCAAGACAGACAGAAAACAAAAUUCUUUCUUUCAUUGUUAGUAGAAAAAGAAAAAAAAUGGAAGCCAUGGUUCCCUACCUAUUAGCUCUACUAUUCUUUCCUCUAUCUCUCUCUUUCAUCUUCUUCCUCCGUAAACGCGAUUCGAAUGGCAAAAAACUUCCACCAGGAACUCCUGGAUGGCCAUUGUUAGGAGAAAAUAUGGAGUUUGCCUUUUUAGGCCCUCAGAAAUUCAUCAAAGACCGAAUGGAAAAGUACUCACCUGAAGUGUUCCGAACAUCAAUCAUGGGAGAGAAAAUGGCAUUCUUUUGUGGUGCACAAGGGAAUAAGUUCUUGUUCUCAAGUGAGAACAAACUUCUCACCUCAUGGUGGCCGCAAUCCAUGAAAAAGGCUUUGCUUUUCCCUGAAUUUGUGGAGAGCUCAUUGCAAGAAGUAUCAGCUUUAAAACGGAGUUUUCUCCAUGAUAUUCUUAAGCCUGAGGCUCUAAAACAAUACAUUCCAGUUAUGGAUGCCAUGGCGCGUGAACAUCUAGACGAAAAUUGGGUUCCUAAUGGAGUAGUCAAGGUUUUCCCUUUAUCAAAGAAGUACACAUUUGAUUUGGCAUGUCGACUGUUCAUGAGUCUGGUAGAUCCUGAGGAAAUAAAGAGGUUGGCUGAUCCUUUUACACUUGUUACAAAUGGGAUCUUCUCCAUGCCUAUUGAUUUGCCCGGAACAGCUUAUAAUCGCGCUAUUAAAGGCGGGAAAUUGGUGAGAGAUGAACUUAUGAGGAUCAUUACACAGAGGAGAAAGGAACUUAUGGAGAAUCAAGAGACAGAAGGCAGAGACUUGUUGUCAAAAAUGUUACUUGUUACUGAUGAAGCUGGAAAGUCGAUGAGUGAAAUGGAGAUUUCGAACAACAUCAUAGGAAUGCUUGUGGCAAGCUUUGAGACUACUAGUAGUGCAGUCACCAGUGUUUUGAAGUACCUCGCUGAACUUCCCCACGUCUAUGAUGAAGUUUACAAAGAGCAAAUGGCAAUUGCAAAGUCAAAAGGAGCAGAGGAGUUUCUAACUUGGGAGGACAUUGAGAAGAUGAAGUAUUCCUGGAAUGCAGCUCGUGAAUCACUGAGGCUAACUCCACCAGCUCAAGGAUCUUUCAGGGAAACAGUCACUGAUUUUACAUAUGCAGGUUUCACAAUUUCAAAAGGGUGGAAGACAUUUUGGUCAGUUCACUCGACGCAUAAGAAUCCCAAGUACUUCUCUGAUCCUGAAAAGUUUGAUCCUUCAAGAUUUGAGGGAAGUGGUCCUGCACCUUUCACGUUUGUACCCUUUGGUGGAGGACCACGUAUGUGCCCCGGGAAAGAGUAUGCCCGACUGGAAGUACUAGUAUUCAUGCACAAUGUGGUGAAAAGAUUUAAGCUUGAAAAGGACAUUCCAGAUGAGAAGAUUGUGUUCCAUGCUUCUCCUGUGCCAACGCAUGGUCUUCCUGUUCGCCUUCUGCCUCAUGGAAAUUAACUGAAUUUCACUUCAGCAAACAGAAUCUUGUUCUUGCUUUAUUUGGUUUUUGAAAAAUUAAGCUACGGCCAUCAUCUACUAUAAACCUAGAAUAAUUGUAACAGUAGUAUGUCAACAAGUUGUAAAAUGGAAAUGUACUUAUUUUUUGCUACCAGUUUAUACUAAAACCUCAUCAACACAAUAUACCAGUCAUAUCUAUUGUUCCAUUGAGAAACUG